CGAGUCGGGCAAAAUCGAUAAAAACAUCUAGGAUUUUCAUGCCGGCGGAAUCGAAACGGGCCAGCGCGUCUGAGGAUUGAGGAAGAGGCGCGGCUCGGAAAAUUAAAAAAAACGGCCCGAUUGAAUUUUCACCGUGCGUAAAUGUCGGUUUUUGGUGUUGCGCCCAAGCGAAAUUGCGUCCGCCCUCGGCCUCUUUGGCACAGGUUGGCAAAAUUGUCGGCGAGGCGCCCCUUCCAGAACGGCCUAGAAUCUCAGAUGUUGCAGGAUGUGGAGAAACGAGAAUUUUCCAUUUGGACAUAAUUAUCCCAUGAACUAUAAUUAUUCACCAUGGUAUUCCAUACCGCAUCCAAAGAGGAAGAUCAGCAUGGAUUCGCUGGACGAAGAUUUACCACCAGCCAAAAUUUGUAUAUCAGAAGAGCGUAUGGUGUCGCAACUAAAUGGGAUCCAUCUGUCGAAUGAUUUCACCUCCCAUGGGAAGUGUUCUGCCCAAGUCGAAGAAUCACAGAUGAAUGGGGAGACGCUUCCGAAGCUCACGAUAUGCGAAGAAAUCAAGAACAUGCCCACAACGAGCACUCAGAUACUACCGAGGCAGAUUCUUGAAAGGUGCCGCCGACCCAUGAAUGCGCUUGUGCUCUGGCAACCGCCAACAGGUGACCUGGGGAAGUUAUUGGGUUCGAUCAAAGAGGCCAAGAAUGAAGAUGAAGAGAAACAGACGGAUGACCACCCUCAAAGGGACGUAGAUAUGAUAGAAGACGACAAUAAUAACAACAACGAACAAAUUGGAAGCAACAGGUUUUUUGGCCGGACGAUCUGAUCUUUGACGAAAUUUUUAUACCUUGAACUAUUUGACUUGUAAAUAUAUUUUCAAAUUUAUUUCCCCUUUCCCUCAAUUCUUUUUUUAUAUUGUAUAAAAUUAUUUAUGUAAAUUUUUUUGAUGGUUUGAAUAAAAUACUCGUAGUACAUCA